AUGGCGUCAAUUACUGACCUUCGUGCCAUAAAAAACAAGAUUAUCGGAAACAAACACGCAAAGGACCAAAUUCCGCCACUCGACAUCCAAAAUGUUUUGCAGUCUCUACACUCUCCAGAAACACGCAUAGAGGCUGCAAAUGUCCUCUACACCAUUAGCUCGGGCUCUCAAGAUGCACUCGAACAACUCUUAAAACUCAAUGUACUCGACGCUCUUUUACCCGUUAUCAGCACCAUCGAUCCAUCCUCUCCUCACAGACUCAAAGUCGCCGUUGGCAGAGCCCUCCGCGCCCUCGUCGGUAGCCUCGCAGACUGUUGCGGUCUCCACAUCUGGGGAAUCCUCCCUAGUACCUCUCCAGACCUCCGGAAGCGAGCUCAGUUUGCCCUCGAGGAAUUCUAUCAACCCACCGCCCUCGACAUCUGGCUCCCCCAUCUAGACGACCCAUCCCUCCACGUCUACAUUUGUGGAACCAUCUCCGUCGGCGUACGCACACCAGCACACAGGUAUGCUCUCUGCAAAUGGAAACCACUCGCCGAGCGUUCAAAGUCCAAGGGCAAACGCGGUUGGGAAAAGACGUCAACGUCAAUUACGAGCCCUACCAGUCUCUCACUCAUUACGACACUCACGUGGACGACCCCAGGAUUUAGCUGGCUCGUCCGUCACCUCGCAAGCGCCGUCUUUGAACCGGGCAUCUCGGAAGCGUCUAUCAUCUCCUCCCUCGAUGCGUUAUCAAGUCUGUGCAAGGACAACUCGAGUGUUUCCGUCAAUCUUUGGAUAGAAAGUUCGCCUGUGACAGCCACCCAUGGCGAUCCAAUGUCCCUCAGGUUGCGGUCGUUUUUGCAACUAUUGCGCUCUCCAAGUCCAGAUAUACAAAUUGCCGCCGUUCACUUACUUGCAACGGUUUGCCGCGCCAAUCUUGGGCAACAGACCACCGGCCACCAUCGGAGCUUUGGCACCGUCGGUCCACUCGAUCAACGCCCCUACCAUGCCGUGUGCUCGACCGUUAUACACACACUCAACGGCAUAAUUGGCGCCACCGACGAAGCCAUCGCGAUACGGACUAAAGCUUGCUUUAUUCUUUCGAGGCUUGUGCUCGAUGACAAGGCCAUUACAGACGUGGCAGUGGAUGCUGGUGCCCUCCAAGCUCUCUUGACAGCGCUCGAACCCGAACCAGAGGCACCUACAGUCCAAAAUACAGAAGAAAUGCAGGUCAAUGUGGAAGAGGAAAUUGAAGAGUUGCCACAAGAUCUCCACUUUCGCGAGGCAGCUUUUACGUGCCUCAGCAGCGUCGGGUUGACGGAUAGCCAAUAUUCACGACAGAUACUGGAAAUGGACGCCAAGCGCGAGGCAUCCCCCGCACCUUCCUCUCGAAGAUCUACGCAAAGUUCAAAGGAACCAUUUCUAUUCCCUCUACUCUCUAAAUCUAUUGCACACUUCCAUCUUGGCGUCCGAUAUAGUGCCCUCCAGCUCGUACGCGCACUUAGUCGAGCCCUUGCAGUGCUCAGAACGGGCAUCGUCGAUACGGAUAUACCCACCAAAGUCACGGGCGUCAUAUCGAAAGAGUCGGAGCAUAGAGCCGUGUUGAUUGCCGCGCUCAUGGUCACCUGCAAUCUCGUCAACGAUUAUGCGCCCUUUAGAGAGGAUCUGAUCAAAGGCGGGGUUGUACAUCACCUUGUUCGGCAUACGCACUCUACAGAUGACGAUGUUCGUCUGAAUGCGCUGUGGGCUAUCAAGAAUGCACUGUACAAUGCAAAAACGUCUGAGAUUGCAGAGGUUAUCAACAUUCUCACGUGGGAUCAUCUGAUCAAACUUUCGGAAGAUGCGGAUCGACGUGUUCGAGAGCAAGCGGUAGUCGUACUCCAAAAUACGACAACAUCAGACGCAGACAUAGCGUACACGGUAUCCAUGCUCGGCGAGCAACGCUUAUCCAAGGUUUUGCAUCAAUCUCUCUCCAACAAUGACCCAAAGACUGUCGAACACGCCAUUCGCGCCAUGAACAAUAUCGCAACCGGCACUCUAUCUCAUCGAGAGCUCAUUUUCACCAACAAACCUCUCCUCACGCUCCUCCGAAACGCAUUGGCACACUCCUCCGUAGGCGUACGAUGUGCAGCCGCGACAUGUAUAUGCGAACUCCUCGCCGCACAACCAUUCCGACACCGCGAAUUACGCGAAGUCGGCAUCGAGCAAGCAUUGAGAUCAGUCCUAGGCGUACGAGAGCGAUCAAACAUCUUUGCGCACCCACACUCGCAUUCUAUACACCCACUUCCAGCAAUUCAUCCUCAAGCUGUUGCGUCUGCACCUUCUUCCUCUAUGAGCCAUUCGCCGCUUUCGACUGGGAGUGGAUUUGGCGCUGCAUUGGGGACGACAGGCUCGUUUGAGUCACCUGGGCUCAUGGGUCGAGAGACGGAUCGGGAAGUCAUCGAGGCUGUCAAGGUCGCGCUCGCCUUGCUCGACAAGGGAAAGGAGUGA